AUGGCAUCGCAUACAACCUCGUUUCGAGAACUGUUGCAAGGCGGAAUUGCUACAGCCACGCACGUAAUUAAGAAGGAGACGAGAGAUGUUUACGCGUCGUACUUCAAGAAGUUUUGUGAGUUCUGCAUCGCGAAUGAAUACCCCGACCCUGCGGCUGUGCGCCACCAUGAGCUUUCGUCUCUUAUGGUUGCGUUCAUGGAAAGUGUGUCUGCGUCUGCAGCUGUGUCUAACCAAACGGCGGAGAAGAUCCGGGCAGCGGUCGCCAAUUACUAUGGAAGUUACGAACGUCGAGACGCCGCAGGACCUGACAAGUGGAUGGUAGUCACGGACGCCAACGGCAACAAGUACGGGUUGGGCAACCCUGCCAAAGAUGCUUUUGUUCGCCAGUUCAUGCGAGGGUUAAGGAAGCGGAAGAGCACGGAGUUUUCGCAGCGCCAAGCUACCCCAAUUUCAUUGAACAUGCUCCGGGUACUAUACUGUCACCUGGCAAAUGCGAAAGGAUUCUCGGAAGUGGUUUCUCGCCGUAGCUGCGUUUGCGUUCUAUGGUAUGUGCCGGAUCAAUGA